AUGGUUUCGUCGCGCAAGGUGUCGGCGCCCCCCGUCGGCGCCUCCGCUGCCGGUGCCUCCACUACCGGUGCCUCUACUGCCGGUGCCUCCACUACCGGUGCCUCUACUGCCAAUGCCUCCACUGCCGGUUCCUCUACUGCCGGUUCCUCUACUGCAGCCGGCAAGCUGCACAAGAAAAACACAGUCGAGAUGGCAAUGGCAGUACUCGAAAACUUGGAUCUUGGCACAGGAGCUGCACGGCUACCAGAUACCGCCAAGUAUCUCGGCUUCGAUGCCGUUUCUAACAAGAUGCUGAAGAUCCGGGCUCACACUCUGCAUAUGGGCCUGGCCAACCGGUUCAACAGCGAGGUCUGUGCUCCGGAUCGAAAGAAGGUGCUGAAAGAGCUUUUGGAGGGUAAAGACCCGGAGACGGGGCGGCCGUGGAAUACAUCACUGCUCUUGGCUGAAGGCUCACAAGGCCUCAUCGUCCACACCUUGCUGAAUCCCAGCCAGUUUCUGGAAGACCCGUCCAAGUACAAUUUCUGCCGUCUUCGCGCUUUCAUUUCUCUCCUUUUGGAAAUCGAGCCCUCAAUCCUGGUGUCUUUUGACAAGAGUCGACGAACUCCGCUGCACUGUCUCAUCUUCUCGGCCACAACGGAAGAGGACGAGGCGGUUUCGUCGACACUGCCUAACUUGACAAAAGAGGCCAUCAUCACAUUCAUGUGCACGAAGAAUGGUUUCGACAGCCAGUUUCCCCGGCUGGCUAAGUCAAAAUCGGGUAGAGGGGACAGAGCAACUAGCGAAUGGCGGCACGUCGACAGACGUCAACGAGCCGUGCCGAUAGCAUCGUACCAGGACGACAGUGACGUGGAGAGUGUUGAUGAACCUGUGGAAAUGGCAUGUUCUGUCUUUGGCGGAAGCUGCGCUGGUUACGACGAAAACGACCUGCUUUGCUGCAUUUGCGAUUGCGGCAUUGCCAUGGAGGAUGCCCUGACAUCGCUCCAAGAGCUCUCCAACAUGGAUAGUGGGCUUCUUCAAUUCCAUGCCGUCCACGCAGCUAUUGAAGAGGACAUUGCAUUCCCUCCUGCUGUUGUCGAUGCGUUAAGCCCCUGCUUUGAUAUUGUGGACAGUUUCGGGCGGACUUGCUUGCACAUCGCCCUCAGCAUGCCCUUUACAGACACCAAGAUACAAUGGGCCAAAAGCCUUGCUCGCAUGUGCCCCCGGCUUCUGGCCGAGUCAUGCGACGUCUAUGUUACUGACAGCAAAAAGAAAAAGGCCACGCCACUUCAAUUUUUGGCGGAGCAGCGGUUUUUGGAUCCGAUGCCACGACAGAGACCAAUCAAAGCUCAGAGCUACCGGUUUGGCCAGGACAAUGCGUUGGCCAUUCUCGACAUUCCAGCGCUGACGACGACCAUGGAUACGAAGCUCGCCGCCCUAGAAGACGAUCUCAAACUGCACUGCCUGGCUGCGUUUGAAGACUCUGAGAUUUGUCGCAGUUUCAUGUAUACGGAAAGUAACGAAAAGGAGAUUGACUUUCCAUUAAAGGACAUGGUGAUUUCUAAAACGACACUUGAUAGCCUCUGCCAGCACUUUCAACCUGACCGGCAGCUUAAGAGUGUUUCGAUCGAGAAUGUACUGAUCGAGUGGGAUCAAUCAAGCAAACCGUACCUGGAUGCCCAAGCCUGGGGCUGUGCUGGCAAUUCGGACCUGUACCUGGCCUUCAACUGGUUGAAGCAGGCCAAAAGUGUCAGGAAGGUCUUCCAAGUAUCCGUGAAUGACUUUGACGACCAGUCGACUGGUUGUGUUUGGAGGCGGCACAGUGACAAGGCCAUUGUUGAGUGCCUAAAGGGUCUCGACGUUGAAACGUGGGACUGGAAGCGUUUCGACAUCCCGUGCUCAGCCAUUCAGGAGGCUGCUGGGGACACAGUAAGGACGCUGUACCUUUACAGCAGCGGCCUAGACGCAGUCUUGGAAAGCUGGGCUUCGCUGAGUGGCCUGCCGCGAUUGCCGAAACUUGAGUAUAUCUAUCUAUGCGCUGGGCAAGGCCUGGAGUCACAGGAACACGCCAAAAAUUCUGCCUCGAACUUCAAAUCCACCAUUGAGAAGAACUACAAGGCAGUGAACGGAAGAAGUCUCGAGGCUGUCGAGUUUGCCAUGCUACAGACCCCAGAACAACGCGCCCUGGACGACAGGAACAACUCCGUCAGUGCAAGCGAGCACGAAGCGAACGAGUGGCUUCACAGCAUGGACCAGUUCUCUGCAUUUAUGGACCAAAUUGGAAAGGGCGCAUCCAAAACGCCAAUCAAAGUGGCUCUCAUCGACGACGGCGUCAAAUCAAACUACCGUGCCCUCGACGACAAUAUUCUUUGUGGCCAGUCGUGGCCAACCCCGAAAACCAUUCCACAGAAAACCAAAGUUCCGCUUGUUGUUACGUCUCCAAAGUACAACAGUUCACAGACGGGACACGGAACAAUUAUGGCGUGGUACAUUCGUCGUAUGUGUCCCAACGUCAAGCUCUGUGUCGCAAAGCUCGAUCCUGUUGUCCCGGCAGUGCCAACCGUCGAUGACAAAGUCACUUUUACUGUCGAGUCUGUUAUAAAGGCAAUUUGGUGGGCCAUUACAAAGAAGGUCGACGUUAUAUCUAUGAGUUGGGCUAUCGAUGACAACAUGCCAACCGAAAUAAAAAAUUCUCUGAGCCGGGCCAUCCGCCAUGCAAUCGAUUCAAACAUUUUGAUUUUCUGCGCCAACCCUGACAAAGGUGCCGAGUACCCAAACAACCUCACGUACCCAUAUCAUCUCGAGAAAGAGCGCAUCUUCUGCAUCGGUGCCGCUGGACGCAACGGCAAGCGGUGGGACUGGAUUGAUGCCAGGGACAAGUCGUGCGACUAUCUGCUACCCGGUGUCGACCUCGAAAUCCACAUGGAGGCAAAGGAAUCUGCUAAACCAAUCGUGAUCCAACCGAGCCCUUUGAUAUCCGCGGAAGCCCCCCUCAUCGAACGCCCUCUGCGCGAGCGAAGCAAACAGAGUGGAAGUUCGCUAGCUUGCGCACUGGCUUCCGGUCUGGCCGCGAUGAUCCUGCACAGCUGCCGAGUGAGCGGAGCCACAUACAACGAAAUUGAUUAUUUGAGGACAUUUGAUGGAAUGAAGAGUGCUCUCAACAGCUUGUACCCCGACGGAGGUGCCGCGGCAUUGGCUGCGGGCGAGGGUCAAUGGCUACCGGCCUCGUCCUUACCAUCAGGACGAAACUAUGCGCACAUCAGCUCGACAGACAAGAAACUGAAAGUGUUGGAGGAGACAGUGGCAAAGUUUCUGGAAAAGAUGCCAGGCGAUUAUGUCCCCACGGUACCGCCAAGCGGCCGACUAACAAGAACGUCAACAAUGAACGGCACUGGCUAG